ACAUCAUCAGUGCCCGUGAUAUGCGCAUGCGCAGGACAAAACCGGAUGUUGACAUUCUUCUCGCAUGACACUGACAAAGAAGACAGAAAGAGAGAUACAUUACAAAGCCAAGACAAGUUAUCUUUCUAAAACUUCGUGUUUCAACUGGCAGGAAGCGUGUUUGGAGUGCUGCGAUGGGUCGAAUCUUCCUGGAUCACAUUGGAGGGACGCGUCUGUUCUCCUGCGCCAACUGCGACACGAUUCUGACCAACCGCUCCGAGCUCAUCUCCACACGCUUCACUGGAGCCACCGGACGCGCCUUCCUCUUCAACAAGGUGGUGAACCUGCAGUACAGCGAGGUGCAGGACCGCGUGAUGUUGACCGGCAGACACAUGGUGAGAGACGUCAGCUGUAAGAACUGCAACAGUAAGCUGGGCUGGAUCUACGAGUUCGCUACCGAGGACAGUCAGCGCUACAAGGAGGGCCGCGUGAUCCUGGAGCGGGCGCUGGUGCGGGAGAUCGAGGGCUUCGAGGAGCACGUGCCGUCAGACGCCUCCUGAUCCACGGACACGCGUCACAGUUACUCUCCCAGCAGGCCUUACGAGCUCCAGCCCUGAACACUGGGGUCAGAAACGCUGAGGAGACAUUUCACAGCAGCUCCUCAAUGCCUGCGCCGCAGAGACCCGUGACACGCUGGAGUGUUUCCACACGUCAUACUGCAGCCUUUCCACAAGAUGGAGCCAUUGAGUGUCACAUACAGACCCGCUGCAGGGUUAUUAUAUACAGCGCUCCUCAUGUCAUGUGCACGGCUCCACAAUUAUAAACUAAAACCAAAAAAAAAUAUUUUUGUUAAUUAAAAAAAAAUUAAAAUACACUGAAAAAAGUAUGUAAAAAACAUAUUUUACUUCAAAUUGCCAAAGAAAGCUUUUCUCAUUUUUAUUUAGUUAAAUAAAAUUAGUUACUUUAUUUAACAGAAAAAAGAACUUUAGACAUGUUUAAGAAAGACAGAAAUGCACAACAAAAUUAAUAAAACUUAAACUAAAAUGAAAACAAAAAAUAUAUACAAUUUCAAAAUAUUUAUAAAAACUAUGUUAUAUUUUUACCAUAUAACUGAGCCAGACGCCUGCGACCCGUGACUGAGGUUUUGCACAUUUCACUUCAUAGUUCAGAAGAUUUUCUUUUCUUCUUUAGUAAAUAUAUUCUCUUUAUUGAUUUGAUCUCAAUAAACUUGUUUUAAUGCUGA